UCAGUCUUUUAAAUAAAUACAAUGUUUGUAAUGCUAUACACGAAUAAAUUACCGAAUGACGAAAAUCUUGUUCGUAAUUUCAAAAUUAGACAUUAUAUAAAGCAAAUGAUAUACAUUAAUUAUAAGUAUGAUUUAAAAGAAACGGUCUUUACAUCACGUUUAAUGGCGGAUCGAGAAUUGUGCUGCCUUGUUGUACUUUAAUUUUGUUACCAGUUAUUUUAUGAUCAGAGACCAGUUAGCGAUCUAUUUACUCGUCUGUAAUUGAAGCAAUUUCAAAAGAAGCCUCAAAUUGCCAUAGUAUAGUAGUCCUCUAAUGAUUUGUAAAUUUAUCUCCUGUAAUGAUGAAAUAAAUAUUUAAUAUCCAUUUGUGAUUCAUAGACAAGUCAAGUGGUUGUAAUUUAAUUACGCAAAGGUGAUUUUGCAGACAUCUUGUUGAUACUAUGUAAUUUUAUUAUUCAUACUACAGAUAUAAACGUAAAGAUUGUUCAUUCAGGUCAAUUUUUUAUUUUAAAUUCUAUUUAGUGUACUUUGUAGCCACUUUCGUGAGGCUAUUUUGAUAAAUUGGAUUGUUUCUAGAUUGAGUUUGUGUGUCAUUUACUUUUUGGUGAUUGUCUAAUAUUGAUUGAACUUAUAUAAAUACUUUCACAUUCACAGUUGUUGCUAUGAAAGAAAUGAAAGUUGUUAAUUGAUUGGCAAUUUUGAAGUUUGAAAAAAAGUAUUACAACUCUUGCAUUUAUUUUAAUCAUCGUAAAAAUGUCGGACACUGACAGUCUAGAAAAUGCCAUCAAACAAUACGAAGAACAGCUGUCACAAGUCUGCCUGGCAUUGUCCGCAACAUCGGAAGGUUCCGAUAGAGAUGAUUUAUUCAGGCUGCAGUCAGAUUUGCAGGAACUAAUUAGUUUAACAAAAGAGAAUUUACAAACGGAGAACAAGGCAAAUACUGAUACUAGCGUACUUGUAUGUAAUACCCAACAAACUAACAAUUCAUUAGAUGAAGAAUAUGCCUUAUUUGAGGCUGAAUUGGCAGAGAGGCCGCCAGAUUCUCAGAAUGAAUCGGGAGCAGAGAAUUCGAACACUAUUGAAGAAGACUUGAAGGCACUCGAAGGUAUGAAAUGUCGAGCUCCUCAUGGAAGUAGUUGGGGUGGCACCGGGUACCAUAAUGCCAUGGUGUGCUCGGUUCUCAACAGCGAUGACGAUACCAUCUCAAGCAUGAAUGAUAUUAAGGUUAAGGUCUUAUUUAUUAAUCCAACACACAAAGAAAUGCUUCCUUGUCCUUAUUUUCUCGAUGGCAUGUGCAAAUUUUCUGACAGCCAGUGUCACUUCUCACAUGGAGAAAUUGUACCACUAUCUACCUUACAGGAAUACAGAGAACCUGACUUUUCCAGUAUAAAAAUGGGUAGCAGAGUAUUGGGACAACAAAAAACUAAAUUAUGGCAUAGAUGUAUUGUAUUGAAAACUCCGGAGAAUGAGAAUGAUCUCUAUCGUGUAAAAUUUGAAUCUAGUGGGAAUAUUAUUGAAUUAAGUCUACAAGAUCUUCUCCCUCUUAAUGAUGCUGAGUUGGAGAUGUCAGAUUCAUCCGAAGAUAGUGAUGUUGAGAUUAAUGAUGAACGAGUUACAACAGAGUCCAUCGAUGACCAAGUUCACAAAUCAUUACUCACAUUAAAUUCAACCGAACCACUAGGGAAGUGGGAACAGUAUACACGUGGAAUGGGUAGUAAACUUAUGGCUCAAAUGGGUUACAUAUCUGGUACUGGAUUGGGUAGAAGAGCAGAUGGCAGAAUUAUUCCUGUCGAAGCAACUGUUUUACCUGCUGGAAAAUCUUUAGAUCAUUGUAUGGAACUACGUGAAAAUGCUGGAGGUGAUGAAGAUCUAUUUUCCGUACAGCGUAGAAUGCAGAAAGAACAACGUAAAUUGGAGCAGAAACAAGAAAAAUUAUAUCAAAAGGAAAAACAGCGUGAAAAGAACAAUGUAUUUAACAUUAUCAAUGCUGCUUUAGGUGAAGAUAAAAACAAGCCAAGCAGUUCUAAGAAUAGAACAGAUUUUAAAACAGAGUCAAAUAGAAAAUUGAACGUCGCCAGUUUCCAAAUUAGUGAAAACAUUGCUCGACUUGAGAAGGAAUCCCUAAAACUUAAGGAUUCUCUAGGAAGACAUGCAAAAGGUAGUUUGCAUUACAAUAAUAUUGUACUGCAAUAUAAUGAAAAACAAAGACAACUUACUGAUCUACGUACCUGCGAACGACAUAUAACCGCUGAACAGAAUCAACGAAAGAAUAAGACUAAGCUGACAGUAUUUUGAUAAAUAGCAGUAAUUUUACAUAUACUCUG